AUGGCAACAAGCAACUACGAGGAGCUCGGAGUGAUUGGCACAGGGGCCUACGGUACCGUUUACCGGGCACGGGAUCUGAAGAAUUCCGGCACAAUCGUCGCACUAAAGAAGGUCCGUGUUGCACUAACCGAGGAUGGUGUGCCGAUGUCCACGUUACGGGAAAUUUUUAUGCUCAAACAGCUCGACACAUUCGGGCAUCCGAAUGUGGUAAAGCUCCUGGAUGUGUGUCAAGGGCCGCGAUUAGAACGCGAAGGACAGCUGGUACUGUUCCUGGUAUUUGAACAUCUCGAUCACGACCUGGAUGAGUACAUGAAGCGUUUGCCACCGAAGGGCAUGUCACCGAGCACGAUUCAGCGACUAUCGGGUGAAAUGCUUACCGGUAUCGACUUCCUGCACUCACACCGCAUCAUCCACCGGGACUUGAAGCCACAGAAUCUCCUCAUCUCGAGCGACGGUCACCUGAAAUUGGCCGACUUUGGUCUGGCGAAAACGUACGACUUUGAGAUGAAGCUAACGACAGUGGUGGUAACGCUGUGGUACCGGGCACCUGAGGUAUUGCUUGGCGAAGCGUACAACAGCUCGGUGGACAUCUGGAGUGCGGGAUGCAUCAUUGCGGAAAUGUUUCAACGGCAAGCCUUAUUCCCCGGGACGGCCGAAUGCAAUCAGCUGGAGAAAAUAUUUGAAUUAACCGGUCGCCCAACGGAAGCUCAGUGGCCGAAAGGGAUCUCGAUCGUGCGGGAAAAUUUUCGUCCCACGAAGCGGCGGGAACCGCGCGAGUUCUGCCCGAAGCUGUGUGAUAAUGCGAACGAUCUGCUAAGAAGCAUGCUCGCCUACAACCGACACGAACGGCCGUCCGCGAGACAGUGCCUUAAUCAUGCCUACUUCACACAGGAACCGAUGCCGACAUAA